UUAUUUUGUUGUAUAAUGCACAUAAUAGCAAGUACACAUUCACGGGUAUGUGAAUGUGGCGUUCAUACUAGUUUGAUGAUUAUAAACAUGCAGUGGCAGAAAAACUCAGGAGGGGGAACGCUUGACUAGAAAUUCAAAGGACUUGGGUUCAAAUCACACAGGGCCUUUUUUCUCUGCAUGUAAUCAAGAUUUGAUGGCUUACGCUCCGGUCAGGUGUAACUUAAUGCCUGAACAAGACUGCUUCAAGAGAGAGUUGCCAACAGACAGGACAAUCUAUGUGGAUAACAAACCUUCCCCGAGUGAGAGCCCAGAGGUUGCCAUUCACCAGCAUCAUCACUACCCCAACAACAGGGUGGUGUCCUCAAAGUACACAGCCUGGAACUUUAUACCAAAGAAUUUGUUUGAACAGUUCAGAAGAAUAGCCAACUUUUACUUUCUGUGUGUGGGAAUUAUACAGUUAAUCAUCGACAGCCCGGUUAGUCCAGCCACCAGCAUUGCUCCCCUGGUGUUUGUAGUCACUGUCACCGCCAUAAAACAGGGUUAUGAGGACUGGUUACGUCACAAAGCAGACAAUGAGGUCAACAACAGAAAGGCGUUCAUCGUCCAUAACGGCCAGCUCACCCAAGUCAAGGCACAAAAUAUCAAGGUGGGAGACAUAGUGAAAGUGAAAGUAAAUCAAGGCUUUCCAUGUGAUCUAGUGAUGCUCUCUUCAUAUGAUCCGGAGGGAAAAUGUUAUGUCACAACAGCAAACUUGGAUGGGGAGACCAACUUAAAAACUCAUUUUUGUGUGCCUGAAACUCGUGAGUUCCAGAAGGAGAGUGAUUUCACAAAUCUUUGUGCCACAAUUGAAUGUGAGCAACCGAUUCCAGAUCUCUACAAAUUCAUUGGUCGAAUAACUGUUUACAACAACUCAGACAGUUGUUUAAAAUCCCUGGGGCCAGAGAAUGUCCUACUGAGGGGAGCAAGGCUAAAAAAUACACCUUACAUUUAUGGUUGUGCAAUAUAUACGGGUCCAGAUACCAAAAUGGCUUUGAAUUCCAAAGCUAAAAUUACCAAAUUUUCUCGUGUUGAGAGGGGUAUGAACAGCUACCUUAUCAUUUUCCUUGUGAUACUAUUAAUAGAAGCUACAGUGAGUACUGUUUUAGCGUACUGGUACAUGAGCCAGGACAGGUUAGGGAAUCCGUGGUACAUACCUGAUGCCAGACAGAGCUUGACUGUACGACAUGUGAUUUCGGAUUUCCUGUCCUUCAUGAUUCUGUACAACUACAUCAUUCCUAUAUCUCUCUAUGUUACUGUGGAGGUGCAGAAGUUUGUGGGGUCGCUGUAUCUACAGUGGGACCUAGAGAUGUACGAUGAAGAGACGGACACUGCCGCCAAGGCCAACACAUCUGACCUCAACGAAGAGCUUGGACAGGUGGAGUACCUGUUUACAGAUAAAACAGGCACUCUUACAGAAAAUGACAUGCAGUUCAGACAGUGCUCAAUAAAUGCUGUCAAGUUCAUGGAAGUGGGCGGCCAUUUACAUGAAAUGUCUCCAGAUGGAGGCCAGAGCAUUCCAGUCAUCCAUCUCACUCCUGAGAUAGAAGAAUUCCUAGAGUUACUUGCCCUUUGUCACACUGUGAGGGUGGACCAUCACAAAGCCAAUCAGACGGGAGCAUCCACCCUCUACAGUCACACGGGGAUGGAGUACGAGUACCAAUCAUCUUCCCCUGAUGAGAAGGCUUUCGUCGAGGCGUGUCGCAGGUAUGGUGUUGUUUUCCAUGGAAUGAGAGACAACCAUCUGGAGGUGACAUUCCACGGAGAGAUGAGGCGGUAUAAGCUGCUUCAUGUUCUGGAGUUUGACGCCACCAGGAAAAGAAUGAGUGUCAUCAUACAGACAGAGAAGGAUGAAACUGUCCUGCUAUGCAAAGGUGCAGAAACAGCUGUUCUGAAAAUAGGGACUUCAGGGGAAAUCGAUAAAACCAAUCUCCACAUACAUGACUAUGCUGUGCUAGGACUUAGGACUCUGGCCCUGGGCAAGCGUGUGUUUACACAAAAAGAGUAUGAAGCUGUUGAUAAAAUGCUGACUGAAGCCAGGAAUGCUAUGGACAGCCGGGAGGAAAAAUUAAAUGAAGCCUUUGAGGCCAUAGAGAGAUCUCUCCACAUUCUGGGAGCCACAGCGGUGGAGGACCGCUUACAAGACGGCGUCCCAGAAACCAUCAGUAUGCUCCGCAAAGCCGGCAUCAAGGUGUGGGUCCUUACCGGGGAUAAGGAGGAGACUGCUGUCAACAUCAGCUACUCAGCCGGCCACAUCCACGACGGAAUGGAGGAACUCAGGCUCACCAAACUCACCUGUACUGAUUACACCAGGUGUGGAGAGGAGAUCAGCAAAAACAUCCACAGAUGCAUUUCACGCAGUCCCUCUAGUCAGCAAUUUGUGUUGAUCGUGGACGGCUUCAGUCUGGCCUUUGCCCUGGGAGAACACACAGAGAUAUUCAGGAAACUGUGCCAGAUGUGUGAGGCAGUGCUGUGCUGUAGAAUGUCCCCUCUACAGAAAGCAGAGGUGGUGAAACUGAUGAAGGUCGCAGACCAUACACCAGUGACAGCAGCCAUUGGGGACGGUGCUAACGAUGUCAGCAUGAUACAGGAGGCCCAUGUUGGACUAGGCAUUAUGGGAAAAGAAGGAAGACAGGCAGUACGAAAUAGUGAUUAUGCCUUCGCCAAGUUCCGGUUCUUACAGAGACUCCUAUUGGUCCACGGCCAUUACUUCUACUAUCGACUGGCAACCCUUGUCCAGUAUUUCUUUUACAAAAAUGUAGCCUUUAUUACCAUGCAGCUGUUUUUUGCAUUUUACUCCGGUUUUUCACAACAGUCCCUACUGGUGAGCUUUCAUCUUAUGUUCUACAACAUUACCAUGACGUCACUGCCCAUCUUCAUCUACAGCUUGUUUGAGCAGCACAUAUCCCAACGAGAUCUCAUCGAUAAACCUCAUCUUUAUAAAAAUAUCACUCGAAAUAGUAAAUUAGAUAAAAAGAAUUUCUUGAAGUGGAAUGUAUUAGGAUUAUGGCAUGUUUUUGUGUUUUUCUUUGGUGUUGUAUUUUUGUUUGGAAACGAUGUUUCUUUGUGGCCAGAUGGAAAGAUGAUGGGCCUAUGGAGUUUUGGGACAAUAGCCUACACAGUCAAUGUCAUUGCAGUUAAUCUCAAGCUGUGCCUGGAGACGUACUACUGGCCCCUCCCGAUGUUCAUGGCCUAUGUGAUCACGGGGGUCGGCAACGUGAGCAUGACUCUGCUCUAUUCCAUGUUGAUCUGGCCGUCGUUCAUGCAGACUCUCCAGGACUUCUACAAGGUGUACACCACGAGUCUGUCUAGUGGUACCGUGUGGCUCUGUAUUGUGGUGCUCGCAGUCAUUGCCCUUAUACCCGACCUUAUCAUCAGGGUGACCCGCGACACGGCCAAUCAGGCUACAGAGUCCACCACAAGAAGGAGGAAACUUCUGUGGUAUUUGUUCCUUCCUUUCUCCUUUUGUAAGCGCGUCCACUCUGAGUCCACAGUCCCAUUGCAGCCCCUCUCUGCCUACAGCACACAGAAGUUCAUCCAAGGUCAUGUUGCCGAGGACAGGUCACCGGUCAUCAAGCUUCGCUCCGUAUCCAACACGCGGCUGUAACUCCUGAUUUUUAACCCUGUAAAACAUUUAAACGAAUAAUGUGGUGCUGAUCUGUGAAAGUUUUGUUCACUCUCAUAUCUUAUUUAAGUAUAUGUACAUGUAUUGUGCGCUUAUUUACAUGCAGUGGGAAAAUUCAAUAUAUUUUUCAUCUAUAUUUUACUAUUCAAAGUGCCAUUCUUUUUUACCAAAUACAUUUAGUACUAUUUUUUUUGCAGGAUAUAUAACCCCUUUCUAUUUUUAUAUAUAAACACACACACAUGCCUUUUUUUUAUAACAUAUUUAAAGAAUAUUAAACUUAUCAAAAACAAACUGUAAUGUUACAAUGCAUUUUUUUAAAAUCAUAAAUGAUUAUGAAAAGUGUUUUUAAAAUGGUGAUAAAUCUUUCAGACCAUUUGUUUAUUAUUGAUAUGCUCUGAGCAGUCUGCCACAAAAGGCUUUAUUGGAAACCAUUAACCCAUGCAGUAUGUGUCAAAUGAGACUCUGGCGUAAAGGCUGCUGUUAUAUUGACCACUAUAAUGUUGGAUGACUCAAAAUGCCAGUGUCUUUUUUCAUUGGAAUAUUAUUUACUAUAUACUUAAAGGCACUUUAGAUCUAGACUUUGUGUUAGGACUUUUUAUAUGUUGAAGAUUAGUGUUCAGCCUUAUAGGGUUGUUUUUUUCAGUCAAUUUUGUUUUGGUAUUGUUCUACCGUACUAUUGUUCUUUAUCUACAAUAUUACACACAUGUUACAGAUGUGACAUACUCAGCACAUGUAUUACACAUGCGACAGCAAGAAAACAAGUGUUCAAAACUUUUUGAGAUAAUUGUUGAUAUAAUUUUGUUUUGAAUUUAUUUUGCAAACAAGAUGUGCUUUAAGUUUUACUAUAGUGUGUGUUUUUGUUACAAUGAAACCCAAUGUUUACACGCUGUUUUUGCAUUGAGAAUCAAAGAAUUCAUAUCGUUCCUAAUCGUGGUCUGUGAUAUUCUGUACAUAUAUGAUUAUCAUGCAUGUUUCUAUGUUGGAGAGUGUAAAUGCGUUACUGAAAUUGCAUGUAUACACUUACAAAAAAUUUGAUAUGUCUAUGCAGUAAGUACAAUUACAUGUAUGUAAAUAUUUUAUGUAGAGAAUUUGUUUUGAAAUGCAAGAUACUUUCAAUCAAAUAUAUUUUUUUUUGGUUCAAUAAGUUGAUUUGGAACAAUCAAACUAGAAGUUUUCUAUUGUGCAUUUUGUGCAUGCAGGUCCCAGUGUUGUUCACUUACGAUUUACUUAAUUAGACGUUGAUUGAUAUGACAUGUCUUUGUCACUGUUCUCGUUGUUGUGAGAAAUGAGAGCAAGGAGAAUUAGAAUAGCUCAUUAUCUGACAAACUAGAGGGUCUUUGUUCAGUGAGAGAAUGAAUUGUGACUACUAGGCAGAAUGAUAGUUUGAUGGAGAUGCUUUAUCAAGAUUAAUUUUAUUUCCAAUUGACAAAAGAUUUGAUUUUGCAACUGAUGCUUCUUUUAUUUCAAAUAGUGUUUUGAUUUGUAGUCAUGGUAACAGUGAUAAAAAUUAUUUAACAGUUAAUUAUACACAUAUAUUCAGUGAAUUUCAGUUUUCUCUUCCACUAUGGUAUUUAUGAUAGUUACACAAGAAAUGAUGUUUAAACUCUAGAUAGUGGAAUUUAUAGCCGUAUUAUAAUUUCUAAAUAAAUAUUCUGCCAUACUUAUUGUAUUCAAAUUGAUCAAUGAAAAUAAUGAAUUCCAAGUUAGUCUUGAUAUUGAAUGAUUUUUGUUAGACCUAUUUUCAUGUAUGCUGAGUUAAGAUUGAAUGUGUUUUUUCACAUGGA